GUACCGGGUGCCCGGGCACGCGCCGUGGAGCCCAGGCUGUUCCAGAGAGGAGCGUGCGCCGAGGUCACUGCCUCUCCCAAGGGGCGACCUCAACGCCUGGCGAAAGAUGCAGGAACAGGGGGUGCCCGGCAGUCGGCUCCUGCCAGGCGCGCAGCAGCAGCAGCCGGAGUCAGGUAAAGGGAAAAAAGGAAAAGGCCAGGGCAAGUCUCAUGGGAAGAAACAGAAGAAACCGGAAGUGGACAUUCUCAGCCCUGCGGCCAUGCUGAACCUCUACUAUAUCGCCCACAACGUCGCUGACUGCCUGCACCUGCGAGGCUUCCACUGGCCGGGUGCUCCCAAAGGAAAGAAAGGGAGGAGCAAGACAUAAGUGACAGCAUUUCAGCAUUUCACUGAAAGCACAUCUCUGUUACGGGAAGAGAAGUCAGGAUAACACAACUAUUGCCGGCAAUGUAGACUUGACUCCAGACGACUUGAGAUGCACGUUAAGUGUGCUCUUCUGCGAUGGCUGAUGAUCAGGAAAUGUACUGUACUUCCUCAGUUAUGCCAGACACGGUUUACCACUGUGGUUUUUCAGGAGUGAUAGGGUGGGAAAAGUCUGAGUAAUAAUUCCUACACAGUGUGGUGGAAUUAAUAGAACUUUCAACAAUUAUUAUAAUUCUGGGUCAGAAUUAAACGUUGCUCUCACAAGGCAGUUCUAGUUGCAUUAAUUGUUUUCUUUUGCCAAAGGGGGUUUGUCAUUUAGAGAAGAUGCAGCAAGAAGCGCUGUUUCCUUAGGAAAUUUCCUCUCUUGGGCACUAUUUCCUUUUUUUAAAUGGAAAAUAAUAAAUACUUUGUCUCUAUAA